GGUGAAACUCGGCUGGUCUGAGUUGGAUGCAGUUCGACGUACAGAGUGGAUUUAAGAAAGCGCAAGGCGCAGGAGCUGCAGGGCAACGAAGAAGAAGGAAGAGUGUUGGUCAGUGUCAUCGGAAUAUGAACUUUAAAUGCAGACUGGAGGAUUAGUUUUAUCCACCGCACACUCUCAGUUUUUGUGCAAUCUUGUGCUCAGCCUGCUCGGGAGUUGCUUCCAAAAGAUCCACGUGUGAAAGAUGAAAGUGUUUUAAAUGAUUGCUGACAGAGGCUGCAUGGGGGUUUCAUGUAGGAGGAGUUCUUUGUGACCAAACAAGUAAAGAAUUGUUCCCUUAUAAAAAAGGAAAUUGCCCAAUGAACAUCAUUACUCGGGGGCACACAUGUAAAGCAGGUCCUGGUACUCGCAGAAGUUUUUUCACACGCAGUCAAGAACCUGGAUUCUCCUUUUCCCAGUCUUCAAGCCCUGAAUUUAUUGCCUCCUUAAAGCACCUUUCAACAGGUUCCCUUAUUCCCCGCCAGCCCACCCGGAGCUUCAUGGGUUGAACCACCAGAAGUUCGUCAAUCUCCUCUCCAUUCUCUCCUCCUCUUCAUCCUCUGCUCAACCCCUCCACCCCUGCCUCCUCCUUCAGUGAUGGCUCCUCGUGCCUCAGGACUUGUAACUAUAACAUCACCCUCCACUACACAGACUAUCGUCUGCAGCAACCUCUAGAGCGAAAGAUUCAGAGAGACAGAGGAGGAGGGGGGAGAGAAAGGACGAGACAGACAGAGGACGAGAGAGCAGUGCCACAGGAGAGAGAGAGAGAGGAAGGAUCAUAAUCUGUCCCAGCGGCAGAGGGAUCCACCUGUCCCACCAAGGAAGGGGCCCCCCCAACCUGAUCCAUCUGGUUGCAGGGGGGGACCCUGCGUGGCCGGGAAGGCAGCAGGGACUAUGCAGCUAGGACUGGUGGCGCUGGCAAUGGUCUUCCUCAGCUCCAUGGGUCACGGUGAUUCUCUCAAGCUCUCCAAGGCGAGAAGGCAGAGACGGGUUAGCACCGAGGGGCCUCCAUCUUGCCCCAAAGGCUGUGACCGAUGCUCAGAGUAUAACGGCUGCAUCAAAUGUAAGCCCAAGCUCUUCAUCUUCCUGGAGCGCAAUGACAUCCGUCAGAUUGGCGUGUGCCUCGCCUCCUGCCCCAUGGGGUACUUCGGCAUGAGGAACCCAGAAGGCAACAACAGAUGCACACAAUGUAAAAUAGAAAAUUGUGAAGCCUGCUUCAACCGCAACUUUUGCACAAAAUGUAAGGACGGCUUGUAUUCUCACAGUGGGCGAUGUUAUGUCAGUUGCCCUCCAGACCAGCGAACCGCCAACGAGACCAUGGAGUGUGUCGGUCAGCGUCCCUCAGAGUGUGAACUCGGUGAAUGGAGCCAGUGGAGUUCCUGUGCAAAGAAGAAUAAAACAUGUGGAUUUAAAAAAGGCUCGCAGACUCGGGUUCGUGUUCCUGUCGUGCAGGUCCACAGCCCAGACACCUCGCCGGCCUCCGUGCCCUCACAGACCUGCGCUCCUCAGACGGAGAGGAGGAAGUGCAGUGUGACCAAGACUCCCUGUUUGAGAGAGAGGAAGAGUAAGGGAGACCGGCAAGAUACACGCGGGCGAGGACGAGGAGGCGGCGGCGGUGGAGGUGGUGGUGGAGGAGGAGGAGGAGGAGGAGGAGGAGGAGGAGGAGCAGGAGGAGGAGGGGGGAAGAGGAGGAGAGGUCAGAGUAGGACCUCCACCAUGGCUCCGAGCAUCACGACAAGCUCUGUGUCCUAAACUCCACGGCCUGCUGGAUGGGGCUGAGAGGAAAAAAAAGAGACAAUGCCUCACCCGGAGAAGCAGCUGUAGACAAAGAACAAAGUGAUGAAGGAGAGGAUAAAUGCUGCUAUGCAUUGUAGAAGAUGCAAAGAGAACUGGAGGAUUGCUGCAAAAGGAAAGGCUGCUGUGAGCUUUUUGAAUUGUUGAACAUAUCUGGAAGAUACUGGUGUUACAGUGAGAGAGACUUGAGAAGUUUUUGUUCCACAUUGGGGAUCACAGGGGACUGUAAAGCCAUGUUGAAAGGCUGAGUUUCAUGUCAUGUAAGGACUGGCAGAUCUCAAACUAAGAGGAUUCAUGACUUUAAAAUGCAGCAUUUAGGCUUCAAAUCUGAUUACAAGUGAAGAAUCCAGAGCAAUUUGAAUCCAGUCUUUGCUUCAUUUUUGAGAGAUCAACAGCCACUGUAUGUGACAUAAAGACAGUGAUUAGUAUCGAGUUUUUGUACCUUUAUUUCCUAUUAUGACAUGAAAAAAGAAAGGCACUGGAAACCAUUUGUGGUUGCUGAGUACAGAAGGUCUUCUGUGUAUUAUUUUGAGAAGGGAAUCUUAUGACAAAACAAGCCUAAAUGGAGGAUUACUGGGAGCUCCUUCUCCAGUGUGUCGACACAAACUCUUGCCAUUUGAUAGCUUCUUGUUUGUUUCAAAUUAAAUGUUGGUGUUUGUAACUCUGCACAGAAAAGGAGGAGUAUAAAACAUGAUUAUUCGCAUGUGUACGAGGCUGCAUGUGCGUGCCUUUGUGCAUGCAAGCGUGAGUGUGUGAUUGUGUGUCUCUACCUGUGUGUCUGUAUGCAUUUCUGCACGGAAUCCCGUUGUGUGUCGAUGGAUCUUAGAUGUUUGUACAUGUGUGUUUACGUUUGCACAUGUGUGUUAAUAUUGGCUCAUAGAUUGAAGGAAUAGGAUCUGAAACGAGAGGAAGGAAAUGUAAAUCAACAAAGAUAUAUCAAAUAUGCAGUAACUACAAGCCACUGAUUAUUAUACAAGCCAUUCAGUCAUCAGCUGCUCAGUAACCAUGUCUGUUUGCAACAGGGUUUGAAGAUUUUGCACAACUUUUAAUGUUUCCUACUGCUCGAGUUUCAGAACAAUCAUAGCAUUUUACAUGUUUAUUCUAUAAAAGCUGGCUUCAUGACAUCCAUGCAGAGAAAUGUGUUUUUUCUAGAAUGUUUUUAUUCAUGGGUCUGUUUGCUUCACAUAAGGUAUUAGUUUCAGGAGGAGUUACACGCUACAUUAAUCAUUCAUGCUAUGGAUUGAUACUGAAUAUGUCCAGCUGUGCUUAUCAUCAUCAGACAAAAGAAGUAUUAGUAUCAUCAUGUAUAGCUUAUUCUGUGAAAACUGAAAUAAAGUUCAGAUGAAGCUGAUGAAACUUCAGUCAUA